AUGGAGGCAAAAACUGCUACGACAGGGACAGGAUGGUCCCCCCCACGGCUACCCAACGAGAUCUACUGUCUGAUCAUCAGCCAGGUCAACGACUUUGACGACAGCUCUCGAAAACGCACCCUGCUCGCACUGGUACGAAUAGGAGAAGGGUAUCUGUAUUCGAAAUCUCCCUCUUUCUUCGAUGAGGACAAAGCAGCCGAGUUCCGACAUAGCUUAAGGCUCCAACCAAGACGCGCGCUCUACGUUACAUCUCUCAUCUACAACUACGACGAUCUCGCCGAUUUCUCCAUGCAGUGCCGCAACCUUCAAGAAUUGAAGCUUUGGAGCACCCUGACGCUAACAGGCGAUCUCGAACAAGCGUGCAAGAACUGGGGUUCCACACUUCGAAUGUUGAAGGUACGGAGCGUUGUAGAGUUGUCGGACUGGAUAGUCCAGAUCAUGCCGCACAUGACAGCAUUGACGACUCUCAUCCUCGAUCGAGCAUGCACGAUUGGCUCGAAGGAUAUCCAGGCCAUUGCUGAAAGUAAAGCACCACUUCAACAGAUCACGCUGGCGGGCCUCUACUUACCCCAAGACGAAGCAGCAGAAGAGUCAGAAGGCGAAACAGACGAGGAAACGAACGACGCGAUUGCAAACAUGAUAACCACUCACUCGUCGACCUUGCGCCAUAUUGGCCUGGAAAAUGCCAAAGUGGCUCCGCAUGUGCUGGAGAGCUGCAAGAAGGCGAAGAAGCUGAGAACCUUGGAUAUUGAGCUGGCUUAUAGUCCAUCGGAAGCGGAGGUUGAUGAUCUUUUGGAUGCAUGCCCACAUUUGUCUGACUACACGGGAAUUUUCUCGUUUUUCUCACUACGGGAGGAUGAGUGGAAAAUGAGACCGAUGGCAGAAGUCCCCGAGGCGACGUUUGAUUUCUGA